AUGGGUUACGGUGAAUAUGGUGCUGCAUCUGGUUAUUUUCCGUCACAACAACCGAAUCCCAAUAUUUGGGAAUCGAGCAAUGUCUUAUCUGAAGAAGAUGAGGCAAAUGAAGAAUGCGAGGAUGAUGGUGAGGGAAAUGAAACUCCUUCUCCCCAUCAAAACUUCACUCAAAUGUUACAGCAACCACUCCAAUCAACUCCGGAAUUUCGUGUUAGUGGUUCAAACAAUAGAGGUUGGUCGCGAUCAGAAACUGCGGCUCUUAUAUCCGGCUACAUGAACACCAACACCGACAUAAUUACCGGCACAAAUCAAAAGAAGGGUGUAUUUUGGAAGAGAGUCUUGGACGCAUACGAUGCUGCCAGGGAAUCGAAUGCAGAUGAAAUAUCCCUACGAACUAUUAGCAGUUUGAAGGGAAGGUGGAUGCGAAUCUCUGAAGCCGUGUUAAAGUGGUGCGGAAGCUAUGAUAAGGCCCGGAAGCGAAAGGGAAGUGGCUAUAACGAAGAUGAUGUUAUCCAAGAGGCCCACAAAAUCCAUGAGAACUCAUUCGGACGAUUCACCUUCUACGAGGAAUGGAUCCAAUUAAGGAAGUGGGACAAAUUCCGGUCUUUCUUGGACCAACAAACAUCCAAGCCUUCGGUGGGACGUCCACAUUCAACUCCACUGACGGAUGAGUCUGUAGGGAGCGGAAGUAGUGGGAAGAGGACACGGGAUGAGGGUGACAAUUCCUCACCUACUACACCAACCAGCGUGGGUGUCGGUGAUGAGAGAGUAGCUCGUGCUGAAGGUAUUAAAAAGGCUAAGUCGAGAUUGAAGGGUAAAGCUCCAUCAAGUCAAGCAUUUAAGGAAUAG